AGCUGGGAGCGGGCGGUGGGCCGGGCAGUGCGCUCUGGCGCGCGGCAUGUGAGGCUCGCGGGCCGCAGCGCGCACGGACGCUCGGGGGCCGCCGACCCCUCGCGGACGCCGGGAACUCGCCCUCGCGCGCGCCCCGCGCCCCGCAGCGCCGGCGGGACCAUGAAGAAGUUCUCUCGAAUGCCCAAGUCCGAGGGCGGCGGCGGCGGCGGAGCGGCGGCUGGCGGGGCCGGCGGGGCCGGGGCCGCCUCUGGCUCCGGUGGCUCGUCCGUGGGGGUCCGGGUGUUCGCCGUCGGCCGCUACCAGGUCACCCUGGAGGAGUCGCUAGCCGAAGGUGGAUUCUCCACAGUUUUCCUGGUGCGGACUCAUGGUGGAAUCCGCUAUGCAUUGAAGCGAAUGUAUGUCAAUAACUUGCCUGACCUCAACAUUUGUAAAAGGGAAAUUAAAAUUAUGAAAGAGCUAUCUGGUCACAAAAACAUUGUGGGUUAUUUGGAUUGUGCCAUUAAUUCAAUUAGCGAUAAUGUAUGGGAAGUACUUAUCUUAAUGGAAUAUUGUCGAGCUGGGCAGGUAGUGAAUCAGAUGAAUAAGAAGCUGCAGACAGGUUUUACGGAACCAGAAGUGUUACAGAUAUUCUGUGAUACCUGUGAAGCUGUUGCGAGGUUGCAUCAGUGUAAGACUCCAAUAAUUCACCGGGAUCUGAAGGUAGAAAAUAUUUUGUUGAAUGAUGGUGGAAACUAUGUACUUUGUGACUUUGGCAGUGCCACUAAUAAAUUUCUUAAUCCUCAAAAAGAUGGAGUGAAUAUAGUAGAAGAAGAAAUUAAAAAGUAUACAACUCUGUCAUACAGAGCCCCUGAAAUGAUCAACCUUUAUGGAGGGAAACCCAUCACCACCAAGGCUGAUAUCUGGGCACUGGGAUGUUUACUGUAUAAACUUUGUUUCUUCACUCUUCCUUUUGGUGAGAGUCAGGUUGCUAUCUGUGAUAGCAGCUUCACCAUCCCAGACAAUUCACGUUACUCCCAUAACAUCCAUUGCUUAAUAAGAUUCAUGCUUGAACCAGAUCCAGAGCGUAGACCUGAUAUAUUUCAAGUGUCCUAUUUUGCAUUUAAAUUUGCCAAAAAGGACUGUCCCAUCUCCAAUAUCAAUAAUUCUUCUAUUCCUUCAGCUCUUCCUGAACCCAUGACUGCUAGUGAAGCAGCUUCUAGGAAAAGCCAAAUAAAAGCGAGAAUAACAGACUCCGUUGGACCAACAGAAACCUCAAUUGCACCAAGACAAAGACCAAAGGCCAACUCUACUACUGCCACCCCCAGUGUGCUGACCAUUCAGAGUUCAGCAACACCUGUUAAAGUCCCUUUGCUUGGGGAAUUCAGUAACCACAGAUCAAAAGCAGCACUGAGACCUGGAGUCAGCCCUGAGAAUUUACUGGGUCAGGGGCCUCCUCAGCAGCCUCCGCAGCAAAACAGAGUCCUUCAGCAACUACAGCAGGGAGACUGGAGAUUGCAGCAACUUCAUUUACAGCCUCGCCAUCCUCAGCAGCAGCAGCAGCAGCAGCAGGAAGCUUAUAUGCAGCAGUAUCAACAUGCAAUGCAGCAGCAACAGAUACUGCAGCAACAGUUUUUAAUGCACUCAGUAUAUCAGCCACAGCCUUCUGCACCACAGUAUCCUGCAAUGGUGCAGCGGUAUCAGCAGGCUUUCUUGCAGCAGCAAAUGCUAGCUCAACAUCAGCAGUCCCAACAACAGGCGUUAGCUCAACAUCAGCAGUCUCAACAACAGGCGUCAUCUGAGUAUCUUACCUCCCCUCAAGAGUUCUCACCGGCCUUAGUUUCCUAUACUUCAUCUCUUCCAGCUCAGGUUGGAACCAUAAUGGACUCCUCUUAUAGUGCCAAUAGGUCAGUUGCUGAAAAAGAGGCAGUUGCAAAUAUUACAAAUCAGAAGAACUUCAGUAACCCACCUGAUAUGUCAGGGUGGAAUCCUUUUGGAGAGGAUAAUUUUUCCAAGUUAACAGAAGAAGAACUGUUGGACAGAGAAUUUGACCUUCUAAGAUCAAAUAGGCUCGAGGAGAGAGCAUCCUCAGAUAAGAAUGUAGAACCACUUUCUGCUCCACAUAACCAUCCUCCAGAAGAUCCUUUUGGUUCUGUUCCUUUCAUUUCUCACUCAGGUUCUCCUGAAAAGAAAAAAGAACAUUCAUCCAUGAAUCAAGAAAAUAGCCCUGCAAGCCCUAUGAAGAGUAGAAAGACAAGUCUAAUGUCUAAAGACCACCGGGCUGGGAAGAAAACCUCAGAGAAUUCAUCCGUACAGGGUCAGGUGCGGAAGGGAAAUGACGAAUCCGAAAGCGAUUUUGAAUCGGAUCCCCCUUCUCCUAAGAGCAGUGAAGAGGAAGAGCAAGAGGAUGAAGAAGUUAUUCAGGGAGGACAAGAUUUCAACGAUGAUGAUACUGAACCGGAAAAUCUGGGUCAUAGGCCUCUCCUCAUGGACUCUGAGGAUGAGGAAGAGGAAGAGAAACACAGCUCUGAUUCUGAUGAUGAACAGGCCAAAGUCAAGUACAGUGCUGGGAGCCCUGCCUACAGAGACAAACCCAGCGGUGGACCAAUCCAAGAUCGGAAUGCAGCACUCCUCAGCUCACCCCAAGUGCCCUUUACUGCAGGAGUGGAGACUCCCAAACAGGAGUUUGAUGUGUUUGGCGCUGUCCCCUUCUUUGCAGUGCGUGCUCAACAGCCCCCACAAGGAGAGAGUGAGAAGAGCCUCCCUCAGCAGCCCUAUUUUCCUCCUGUGGGACUGGAGCACGAGGAAUUUGACGUCUUCACGAAGGCCCCCUUUAGCAAGAAGGUGAACGUCCAAGACGGUCAUGCAGCGGGGCCCGAAGCACAGACUCUCCCUGGUUGUCCCAAAAGUGUAGAUAUAUUUGGCUCUACUCCGUUUCAGCCCUUUCCCACGUCCACAGGCAAAAGUGACAGCCACGAGGACCUUUUUGGCCUCGUGCCCUUUGAGGAAAUAACUGGGAGUCAGCAGCAAAAAGUCAAACAGCGUAGCUUACAGAAACUAUCUUCCCGCCAAAGGCGCACAAAGCAGGAUUCGUCCAAAGGUAACGGGAAGCGGCACCACGGCACGCCGACCAGCACGAAGAAGCCGGUGAAGCCUACCUACCGCACUCCAGAGAGGGCCCGCAGGCACAGAAAGGUGGGCCGCCGCGACUCUCAGAGCAGCAACGAGUUCCUGACCAUCUCAGACUCCAAGGAGAACAUCAGCAUUGCGCUGACUGAUGGGAAGGACAGGGGGAAUGUCCUGCCUCCCGAGGAGAGUCUGUUGGACCCGUUUGGGGCCAAGCCCUUCCAUCCCCCAGACGUGCCAUGGCACCCUUCCCACCAGGGCCUGGGCGACAUCCGUGCUGACCACAACCCUGUGCUGCCCGGGUGGCCAAGACCCAACUCACUCCAUGGGUCCUUUCAUAGUGCAGAUGCAUUGAAAAUGGAUGACUUUGGUGCCGUGCCCUUUACAGAACUUGUGGUGCAGAGCGUCACUUCACCUCAGGCCCAACAGCCCCAGUCCAUCGAAUUAGACCCAUUUGGUGCUGCUCCAUUUCCUUCUAAACAGUAGAGACUUCUGAUGGACUCUUGGUGUUAACCCGUUUCAAAAAAGGAUGAAUAGUUUUAUGAAUUUGAGAGAAAAUUGAUUUGUAUAGCUUUUUUUUCUUUUACAUUAAGGUUGGGAGCUGUUUGCACCUAAGGCAACCAAGAACUGCUUAAUUACAUCAAUGGUGGUUUGAGGCUCAGAAGAUUCCAUUGCUGUGCUAAUGUCUUGAUCAGUUAUGCGGUAGGCAGCAUUUAUUCCUUCAGCAUCUUUGUUAUCAAGAAUUCGUUUCUUUAUUGGUGUAGUUGUAGACAGUGCAGCAUCCAUCUCGUACUCAGGUAAAUGUGAGAGCUGUUCCUUAUUGGAUUUAUAGCCUGAAAGUAGAGUCAGCUUUCCUCUUGCGAGUGUUUGCAACCUUGCACAGAUUUGGAAAACAUACUGGUGCAAGCGGUUCAAGACCUUCAAGCCUAAGAGCCUUCAAGUAAGGAAACAUGGCAGGACCAUAUUUCUCGAGCAGUUUAUCCUUGACAUCCAUAAAUUUCUUUAUCUCAUGACCAACUCCCAGUAGGAAGCUUGCGUGAGACAUGCCUUCAUGGACAAAGGACUUAAUAGUGAUGUAGGGAGUCAUUGCAGAUGAUACAACUAAUUUUACUUGGGCUACAAAUGCACGUCCCCUAGGUCCAACUCUCGCAUGUUCUUGGAGGUCCAUAAGCCCCGUAGCAGGCUUACAUCUCACCCUCUGCUGGAGAGCGAUGAGGCUGCCUCUAAAGUCCAAUGAGGUGUACAGGCCGACAAUGUGUGGUGUAACUCCGGGCCGGACUGUAGCAAACAGCGUUAACCUCCUUUUGAUUUGCUCAACAGGAUUUUGCUGAGGCUUUCUUACUAAAUGGUACAUUAAAGACAAUGCCGCUUUAAUGUUCUUGUACUUCCCUUCACCAGCCACCUCAGUGUUGUCAACUAUCCAUGGGGCUAGGUUACCAUCUUGGCUUGGAAGACCUCUUGUUCCCAUGAUGUACUCACGAAUCUGGGGAACUGCAUCAUGCAAUUGGGGAAAGGUUGCUAGAAGUAGUGCCAGCAAGGCUGCCGUGACACCACAUAGAACCCGCUGAAUAACCCGCACUGGACUUGCUGGUCCGGUCACAGCUGACAGGAUGACCAGUCUAGAAGGGGGAAUAGCCAGAAGCUGAAGGCUACCACCGGGCAUUUCCAUAGAAUCCGCCAUUGUGUACUUGUAUAGCUCUUUAUAUCAUUCAUUCUUACAAUUCACUCAGAAGAGGUGAUUUUUAAAUAAACCAAAUCGCAAAAGGAAAUAUCUCCACAGGGUAGUGACUUGGUGUCUCUUCCAGGCGGGAAGAGGGAGCUGCUUUGGAAGCUCUGGCCCAGGGUUCCAGCUACUGACUUGGUGACAGCACUGACAUCCAGGGGAUGCAGGUGGCCUGGCUCCAGAUGUGCGGGAGAACCGCGCUGUUAUUUUUGUAUCAGAAUGUCAUGUUUGUGUGCUCAUCCAGGCUCAUUCCAGAACCCAGCAUUAAAGCCAAGGCUGUCUGUACACACACAGGCUGCACUUGUGGAUUUUUUAAGGGUCCCUUCUAAUUUCCAACAGUAAAACAGAAUCCUGUCUUCACAAAGAAUCAGAAGUUUAUUUUCUGGGGAAUGCAGAGAUUUUAAUCCUUCUACCAUUCUCUACAAAGCAGAGCCAGAAAUAACUACUGUGCCUAAAACUUUCAUUUUUAAAAACAAGUGCCAUUAAUAUGGAAUAUCUACGUUGAAGCCUAGAACAAAAACUUGAUACCUGAUGUGUGCAAAAUGUAAAAGAAAAAAUGAUAUAGAAGAGAGAAAAAACAGUACUUGAACAUUUAAUGUUCUGCUUUUGAAUGGCUUCUUGCUCAAAACUUUUGUUUUCACGUCCCUAAUAAAGGAGAUUAUUGGAAAAUGGUGUGAGGAGAUAAGGAUUAUAUAGACUUUUUAUUUCAGAAAAAAAAAGCUGUAGCUGAAACCCUGAGGUUUUUAAACGUUUACAAUGUAAAAUCAUGUAUAUAAUAAUGUACUUUAUUAAAUUACCACCUUCACCAAAUAUUCCCCAGGUCAGGAGCGACAGUUUCUUUCGAUAGGUUUGGGGCAGGGGUGGGGGGGUUGUAAUGAAGUGCACAGAACAGUGAGAGCCCCAAGCCUUAUGGGCAGGACUCAGAUCCUGCUGCGAACCUCUGCCCUCUGCCGGGUUGACCAUCUUACACUGGCUACAUAGUAGUAAAAGGUAUCAGAUGAUGAGGAAUUGGUGUCUUAACUCUGCUAGUUGAUUGUGUCUUUAAUGAAAAGAACUCAGCUACCAAAUUGCCUUUUUUUUUACACCAUAAAUCCUAAUUAGAAACUUGAGAUUUUAUAGGAACUAAUAAGAUAGAAAUUAAAUAUAUGAAUGUGUCUUCAAGUAUUUUAAAUUAUAAUUAACUGUCUCCUUCCCUAUCAAAUUAACAUGUAGAAGUUUCUGUGAAAGCUAUUCACAGAAAGGGUGGAAACUCUUGUCAACUGGCACUCUCCUUGAUUGCUAUAUUUUAAAUUCUCUUUGGACCCAAUUAAAGUGUAUUUUAUGAGUAAUCUUAUUAGAAUCUCUUAAUGAUAGUGUCCCAGUUGGGAUGAGCUAUUUGCUUGUUUUCACAGUUCUAAAAAAGAAAAAAAAAACAGUUUAAAAAAAAACAAAAACAGAAGCAAAUUUGUGGACUGAUAGGGAAGCAAUAUGUGAAUCACAGUUAGCAGAGGCAGAUCAAGCAUCACAUUACUGCUUAAGAGCUGCACUUUGGAGCCCAACUGUACCAAUACUUGUCCUGUGUGUGCCAAAGGCAAAUAUGUUUGCACCUUUUUUUCUUUCUGAUUCUCAGGUUGAGUAGUACUGCUAAUCCAAAUGUUUAAGUAGAUGUUCUUUAAAACUUUACAAAGUAGAUUCACGGGAUACUUUAUUUUAAAAGUGAGGAGUUGAUGAUUACAUAUAAUAAAUUCAUGAACUACCGUAGGUUUGUAUCAAACAGAAGAAAUUUUUUAAAAUGAAAAUCUGUUGGUUGAUGUGUACCCAGUGUGCUUCUUUGACUGUUUUAGCCCUUGGCCUUGGUCUCUGCUAGACCUCAGGAGUUCUGCGAUUUAGAAGGGGCAGUGGAUGAAUUCGUGUGGUCUCCAUGGGAUGUAAACAUGAAAUUCUAGUCUCUCUCUGAUACUAAGGCCUUGCUUACAUUUGCUUUUCAUGAAGCCCAACUGAGGUGGCUCAGUGGUUGAGUGUUGAUCUAUGAACCAGGAGGUCAUAGUUUGAUUCCUGGGCAGGGCACAUGCCCAGGAUUGUGUAUCAAUACAAUGAAUAUUUUUAAGUGACCUGGACUCUGGGUUAUAAUGUGGAUAAAUUCUAAAGAAACAACUUUGACAUUGUUUAAAAUAUUUACAUUUUUAAGUUUCUUGUGUUACAGCCCAGUGACUUUCCUCUACAGAUUAUAGUUCAGAGGAAACACGUAGGGAUUCAGUGGGGGACCCAGUGGGCUAGAAAUGGGGAGUCCUUUGUUGGAGGAGUAGAGGCAUUUCCCCCCGCAGUACAGGAUGAGGGUUGCUUUCCAUGUUCAGUCAUCUCCUCCCACUGCUGUUAGGCUGUACAUACAGCUCCAUACAGCUGAUACCCAGCUCCUUCCCUUGUGAGAAUUAUGAAAAUAAAGCUCCCAAAGCAUGUGAAAAAGUGUGACACACACUUGGCACACAGCACGCAGUGGAAGUUCGGCUCUAUUAUGGGUGGUCCAAUUCUUGUUUAGGGAAGGAAAGUUGAAAUUAUAUUCCUAUUAAUCAGGUGUGCGUUGUGCUGUAGCAUGUUAAAUAGUUAUAACUCUAAACCUGUAAUACUUGAACAAACAUCACUAAGGGAAGUAAAAUAUGAAGCUAGCAAAAAUCUGAGGCCAAAGUUAUUUCUGCCCUAACAGCUUUAAUCAUGCUUGUUGAUUUUGAAUAAUCUUUCUAAAAGUGGACCAUUUGCUUAAUUAUUUUAAUAGUAUCACUUCAAAGAAUGUAUCUGUUAAGACGCUAACGUUGCUUGGUAUAAAUGUUGGGUGGAAGAGGAAAGGUUGUAGGCUGGAUGAAAGUUUAACUGACUAGAAUAUUUAUGCAAAAGGAUCAGUCUGAGAAAUGGUGUAAUUGUUCCACUGACCCACGUGUGUGUGUGUGUGUGUGUGUGUGUGUGUGUAUUUGGGCACAGUUACAACAUUAUUCGGGACUGUAGAUAAAUGUUCUUUUUGACCCUACCCUGCUUACUGUUUAACAGUGAUGAGUCUUGUCCUCAUCUUGCUGAUGGAAAAUACCCAAGUUGAGCCCCCCUCUUCUGCUCUGAUAUUCACCAGGCAGGGCAGUUUUCACUACUCAGCUGCUCUGCUUGGUCCUCUUAGGUUUUGGUACUUCAUAUAAGCACUGCUAGAAGGUACAUGUGUAUUGGUAUCACUAGUCCUGAGGAGUUUGGGUACAUUCAUUUUCAUGUAUACAGAAUGUGCAGUACACCUUUUUUUUCUUUUUAAGCAAAAUUACUCAUCAUUUUAGGUUCAAUCUUGAGCUGAGAGAUCUACUGUGAGAAUGAGAUGGCAUACUUACUGUGAGAAUAACAUAAAUGAUAGUUUAUUUGAAAACUUUUAUACACACUGGUGUUUAUAUAUUAAGAGAAAUAUGUAAACACACAUGCACAUGUCUCUUCAGUAGAGUUAAUGUGAAUAUAUCAAUUUUAAAUGGAAUUGCAACCACAAUCAUUACUAAAAGAACUUUCACUCCUCGUGAGGGUUUAUAAAAGCCACUAAAGAAUACGGUAGACAGAGGAAAAGGCAAUGGGUCAUCAUUUGGGGUGAUUUUUAUUUAAAAACUGAUAGUGCUAUUUUUGAAAAAAUUGUUUUUAUUCCUAGCUCUUUUUGUGAUUGAAAGUCAUCUAUAGUAAGCAGUAUGGUAAUGAACUACUUUUUAAUUGCUGGCAAACAGCUUUAAGUGCACUUUCUUUGAUUACAUUUCCAUUUUUUUUGUUAAACUUGAAUUUUCUGAAGCCUUUUAUGUACCACUAAGCAAAUAACUUUUAUUAAGCCUGAUUUACAUCUUUUUUAUAUUUCUAAUAGUUACAAAAUGUACUUUCUAUGGUAACUUCAAAUAUAGCUGGGAAACUGUUAUGAGAUAGUACCAGUUGCUUUUAUUUUCUCCCUUUAUCUUAUUAAGCACUAACUGAUUUUACUACUUUGUCUUGACAUUGCUUAUUCUUAUCGACUGAGUUUCUGUCCCCCAUUCACUUUGUUUUGUUUGAAAUUUAAAGUUAUUUUCUUAUUGUAUUUAUCAUACCUGUUUUAAUAAUCUGCUUUCUUUAAAUGCAAUAAAUCUCAAAUGGAUUGCAUAUUCUUUAUAA